UUUUUUUUUUUUUUUUUUUUUUUCAAAAAAAUUUUUUUUUUUCUUUACUCCUCAAAAACUCGAAAUACGAAAGUCAUCAAUGUCAUCCAGAGACUUUAUCGCUCAAGAACAAGCAGCUUUCGAAUAUGAAGUGGCUGAAGUUGAGAGGUGGUGGCAAAGUGACCGUUUUCGUCUUGUAAAACGUCCCUAUACUGCUGAACAGAUAGUCUCAAAGCGUGGUCUUCUUAAACAACAAUAUGCUUCUGAUGCUCAGGCUAAAAAAUUGUGGUCUUUGUUCAAACGUCAUCAAAAAAAUAAGACCGCUACGCAUACUUUUGGUGCCUUGGAUCCUAUUCAAGUAGCUCAAAUGGCUAAAUAUCUUGAAACCGUAUAUGUAUCUGGUUGGCAGUGUUCCUCCACCGCUUCCACCUCAAAUGAACCAGGUCCAGAUCUUGCUGAUUAUCCGAUGGACACUGUUCCAAAUAAAGUUGAACAUUUGUUUAUGGCUCAGCAAUUCCAUGAUAGGAAACAACGUGAAUCAAGAUUUAGUAUUUCUAAAGAAGAAAGGGCAAAAACUCCUUUUGUUGACUAUUUGCGCCCAAUCAUCGCUGAUGCUGAUACUGGUCAUGGUGGUAUUACUGCCAUAUUAAAACUCACUAAGAUGUUUGUUGAACGUGGCGCUGCGGGAAUUCAUGUUGAGGAUCAGUCACCAUCUAAUAAAAAAUGUGGUCAUAUGGCUGGAAAAGUAUUGGUGCCGAUAUCAGAACACAUCAAUCGCUUAAUUGCUAUUCGUGUUCAGUUUGAUAUCAUGGGUGUCAAUAAUUUAAUUGUCUCUCGUACUGACUCUGAAGCUGCUACUCUUCUCACAUCUAACAUCGAUGUCCGAGAUCACGCGUUCAUUCUUGGUUCAACCAAUCCUAACCUUCGCCCUCUUGCAGAAAUCAUGCAAGAAGAAGAAGCGAAGGGUGUCUCGGGAAGUCAACUUGCUGCGAUAGAAGAGAAGUGGUUGAGUGACGCAAAACUAAAACUUUACAAUGAUGCCGUUAUUGAUGCCAUUAAGGCUUCCAUCCUUCCUGAUAAAAAUUCUCUCCUUCAAAAAUGGUCAUCUCAAUAUCAAGGAUUGUCUCACUAUAAUGCCACCAAAUUAGCCAAGUCAUUGGGUGUUGAUGUGUUUUGGAAUUGGGAUACCCCAAGAACACGUGAAGGUUUGUACAGAUAUCAAGGUGGCACUAAAUGUGCUAUUAACCGCGCCAUAGCGUAUGCCCCAUAUUGUGAUUUGCUUUGGAUGGAGACUGCAAAACCUAUCAGAGCUCAAGCCCAAGAAUUUGCCGAAGGCGUUCACAAAGUGCAUCCUGAAAUUAUGAUGGCUUAUAAUUUAAGUCCUUCGUUUAACUGGGACGCCGCCGGUAUGACAGAUGAAGAAAUUCGCACCUACAUUUCUGACUUGGGUAAGCUAGGUUUCGUAUGGCAAUUCAUUACACUUGGUGGAUUUCACUCGAAUGCACUCGGAGUGGAUACCUUUGCUAGGGAUUAUAAAGAACGUGGUAUGCUUGCAUACGUUGAAGGAGUACAACGAAAAGAGCGUGAGCAUGGUGUUGAGACUCUUCAACAUCAGAAAUGGUCUGGUGCCCAUUAUGUUGAUCGAUUAAUAUUGACAGUUACGGGUGGUGUCAAUGCGACAACUGCCAUGGGUAAAGGUGUUACCGAAGAUCAAUUCAAAAAGUAAAGUAAGUACAAUUGUAGUGUUUUAGUAUUUUCGUUUAUAAUUAUAAAUGUUAUGGAGAGAAACAAAAAGAGGAAGAGAGUUUAGUGUAUUUAUUUUUUGUAUUUAUUUUUUGUAUUUAUUUUUU